UUCCCGCGAUAGUGAGGGAAAUGGAUGGGGUGCUCGUUCGUCAACCACCAGGCACGAUCGGGGUGAUCGUGGCGCCCGACAUGAAUCGCUUUACGGCCGGGACUAGGGAGACGGCAAGGACGUCACCCUUCGAGAUGAUUUUGACGACUCGUGGUUUUCGUGGUUGA